AUGUAUCGCCUCCUCCCAAGUCUUGUCCUGGCCGGCUUGGCCGGGGCACAGCACAUCACCAACCUCAGUGAUGUCCAGUGGACUCUCAGCAAUGGUGUCAAUGUAACCAUACCUGGUAACCUGCCGUCGCAGGCGCAUCUUGACCUCUUUGAUGCGGGCAUUAUCGGCGACCCGCUGUACGGAUUCAAUGAGUGGAACCAAUACUGGGUGGAGAGGUCAAAUUGGACGUACACCUCUAAGCCAAUCUCAGGCUUAGAACAAGGCCAUGGACUCGAGUCGUGGCUUGUCUUCGAAGGAUUAGAUACCUUCUGUGAAAUCAAGCUCUGCAACCAUACCGUCGCCAACGUCGCAAAUCAGUUCCGCAAGUACACGUUUGAGGUCACGGACAUUCUGCCGAAAUGCUCUGGCGACCCAGUUCUCAGCCUGAAUUUUGGCUCCGCUCCAGCGAUCGUCCUCGAAAUUGCAGCGACAAGGGGACCUGCCUACGUCAAUCAAGCAAACGGCUACGAUGGUCAAGAAUUUCAAGGUCGUGUCUACAUGAGAAAGGAAGAAAAUGACCUAGGUUGGGACUGGAGCCCGCAGUUUGCUCCCGCUGGUCCGUGGCGUCCAGCGUAUGUCGUUCAGAGAGCUAGAAAAGACCCGGUGUUUAUUACGAACACCGCAAUCGACAUCUUCCGCCAGGGUCAGAUGCCAAACUUGCCUCCGGAUCAGUCGAAGCCGUUUGUAUUCAAUGCCAGCAUUGAUUUCUUCGGCACGUUGCCACACGGCGCAGAGAUGCACCUGAAACUAGUUGACAGCACCGGAAAGACGGUAAAGGAGACUAAGCUUAGCGACGUCUACCAGUCUAGCGAGACUAUUACCGGACAUACCAUCAUCAACGAAGACGUGGACCUUUGGUGGCCAUCCGGCUAUGGUGCUCAGAGCCUCUAUAUGGCGACCGUUUCUGUGACUAGCCCUGAGUUCGACAAGCCCGCCGUUGUCACCAAACGGGUUGGAUUCCGGACAAUUGUGCUCAACCUAGAGCCCAUCAGUGAGGAGCAGACAGCUGCUGGCGUCGGCCCGGGGGCCAACUGGAACUUCCAGAUCAACGGUCACGAGAUAUAUGCCAAGGGCUCCAACUUCAUCCCCCCGGAUGUCUUCUGGGCUCGCGUCAACGAAACGAAAGUCAGGCAACUCCUUGAGUUAGCCGUCGCUGGGCGCCAGAAUACGCUCCGUGUAUGGUCUUCAGGGGCCUAUCUCCCAGAUUGGGCCUACGACAUGGCUGACGAGAUGGGUCUCUUACUCUGGUCAGAGUUCCAGUUUUCUGUGGCAUACUUUCCUACCCUGCCAGAUUUUUUGGCGGAAUACGAAGCCGAAGUCUAUUAUAACUCCCGCCGGGUCAACCAUCACCCCAGUCUGGCCCUAUGGGCAGGUGGCAAUGAGCUUGAGUAUUACAUUGUGCUAUACUACUUGGACGCAACCAACCCUAUUUUGGCAGAUUAUGAGAAAAUCUUCCAGGAGGUUAUUAUCAAGUGUGUGUAUGCCAACACGCACUCCAUCAGCUAUAUCCCUUCAUCCACCUACCAUGGCUACCUGUCACUCGAUUUUAACUCUACCCGCCCUCAGGUCUCGCGGUACCUUAAUACGUCAGGACCGGACGCACUAUACUACGACACCGACUUCUACAACUACGAUGGGUCUCAGGCCUUCAACUAUAGCUCCUAUCCGGUGGGCCGCUUCGCCGAUGAGUUCGGGUUUCCAUCAAUGCCUUCGGUGGAGUCAUGGAGAGACACGAUCCCUGAGAGUGCAUUUUCCCUGGACUCAACUUACGUCCGUCACCACAAUCGCCAUCUGGGGUCUGGCGACACGUUCAUGGAACAGUCAGCGGCAGGUAUCGAACAGAUAACGGACGCUGUCAAGUACUGGUAUCCACUGCCAAAUAUGAAGGACCAGGUGGCCAACUUCACUGCCUGGAUAUAUACGACGCAGGUCUUCCAGGCUGAUUAUUACGCUUCUCAGAUGGCAUUCUACCGGCGCGGAUCGGGGCUGCCAAACCGACAACUUGGUUCCCUCUACUGGCAACUCAAUGACGUUUGGGUUGGGUCAACCUGGGCGAGCAUCGAGCACAGCCUGCGCCAGAAGGUGGUCUAUUAUGCAGCCAAGGACAUCUUCAGUCCGGUCAUUGUUCGUCCGUUCUAUGACGUGGAUACUGACACCCUGGACGUCUGGGUCGUCUCAGACUUGUGGGAUAAGGCUUCCGGAGAAGUGACUCUCAAAUGGAUGGACUGGAGGGGCAAAACUCUGAACCUCGACCCGCCCGCUGGUGUUGACUCAGGGUACGGUGGCUCUCUCAGGUUGCCUUUUGAUGUUAUGCCCAUCAAUGCCACUCGCGUAGCCACAUAUCCCGAUGUCUCCGGCCUCUUCUCUAACAGCACACCGGCAUCAAAUGCCCUGUUGUCGCUCUCUGUCAAGGCUGGAGAUCAGAUUCACUCAAGCUACUUCCACCUAGAGAGCCUGAACGCAAGUACCAUCCACGAUCCUGGUCUGACACUGACGGUGGAGACGGGGUCCGCUGGACACGGUCAUGGCGUCCAGUUCAAGGUGACCGCAACCAAGGCAGUGGCAGCAUGGGUGUGGCUAGAUUACCCUUCGACGGUCAGGGGUUAUUUUGACCAGAACGGUUUUUGGCUGGACAAAGACGAGAGCCGCACAGUGGAGUUCACAGUAUGGAACGACUUCACAGGGACGGGUGCGUGGGUGCGCGAUGUAACGGUGCGGUCGAUCUGGAACAAUACUCUGAAUGGAUGA